GCCGUACCCAGCUGCACACACCAAUUUAGCCCACUUACUUCACUGUGGUUGCUCCGCGCCGUUCUGUUGUCGCAUGGAUCAUUUUGUGUCUGUCAAAGAGCAAGUCAAUCAGAAGCUCUGCUCUGUUACCUUGUGCUCCAAGCACGUAAAGGACGCUUCGUCGUUUAUUUUGACACUUCCUGAACAUGCUGAGAGCAUUGCGAGAUUGUGGUCAGAGAUUUUUCAGCGGGCAGAAAGUCCCCCAGUCCAGUUAGCCCUACUCUACGUAGCAAAUGAGGUGCUACUCAAAUGUUCAAAGUACGGCGUCCCAGAGCUGAGGGAUGUGUUUCGCCCACAUGUAACCGAGGCAGUGAAAUCACUUAGACCCGGUAAUUUGAUAUCGAAAUUGGAAAAGUUGUUCAACUACUGGCUACAUUAUAAACUUUUCGAUCAGAAGUUUAUACAACAGUUAUUGCGCAACUUGACUCUUUCGGAAACAUCAGGAGUAAAGCACUUGACUACUGGAGAGUUGGUUUCAGUUGAAGAGACGAUAAAAUCUUUCCAACCGGAGAAACUAACCGAAUCCGUUCAACGAUUGAAACAUCUUGAGAAUGAGCUUGAGAACCACCCAAAACCAGAUCUAUCCGCGUUGUACAUGAAUGUUCCUAUCUCAAAUAUAGUUAGUUCUCUAAAGAGCAAAAAUGAGAGCAGUAAUUUGUCUUAUCAGGUUGGACAGUGUUGCCGCAAUUUAGAAAAACUUAUCAAGAAGCAGUCAGAUCGCUUGGCGCAGUUGAAUGCUGUCAACGAAUUGUUAGAUGCUGCAGAAAUCUUCUAUGAGACACAAUACAAAGAAGUGCUUUUGGUGGUUAACGCCUACAGUAUGUAUGGUAAGCGGGUAUCGAAAACCCUAGAAGAAGCAGAAAAUUGUAUCGGAAUGAGCCCAACUGUUUCACGACCACUAAAACCAGAACUCCCCGUACCAGUAUCUAUAGCGGUCUCCUGUUCCGAGUCCAGUCCCGACGAUGGAGACGUAGAGGAUGAGACGAAACCUUUGACUUUUACUGACGAUGAUAAGGAUACUGAUGAGAGUGACUUCGAAUCAUUGCCAUUUUCAGCUUAUGAUUCUGGCUUCAAAAGUGUUGGAUACCAGCCAUCUGUUCCUUCCUUGAAGGAAUCCGAUGUGCGAAGUGCAAGCCCUAGAUCACCUGCUGCGCAAUCUGAUACCGUCGCAAAGUUUGACUCAAUUUUCGGUGACAGCAAUAAGAGUGUGAAAUCUCCAGAUCAGUCGAAAUUUGCCUUGAAUUUUAAACUUCAUGAUAUCCCCGUUUUCGAAGAUCCUGCGCUGGACGCUAUUCGGGAUGCUUCUGGCGAUGUUGACUAUAGAUUACUGUUGGAUCCUGGUCGUAGACUCGCCUCUGAGUCUUCUUUCAUCAGUCCCCUUCAAAAAAUCUCGCGUUCACCAGACCAGUUGGAGAGAUUCGUUGAUCUCAACAACAAAUGCUCCGUGGAUGCCACUUCAUCUGCUGCUACUGCUGCAACAGUCUAUUCUGCGGACUUUUCAAGUCAUAAAUCCAGUCCCACUCCUCCUCCAAAUCCUACAAUUGAUAAUGCAGAUGGGGAUAGCAUGGAAAUGUCCGAUGGAGACGCACCUGAAGAUGAGCCUGUUAUCGAUGCUCGGCUGGACAUCGGACCCUUGGAUCCCUCUGCUGUUGAGACUGGGGACCAUGACUAUCGCUUACUCCAUAAAGUGACCCUCACUGGCUCCGAACUGUUCGCUCCCCCGCCUGUCCCUGACGUCACGUCGCUUUCGCAGGAUCUUUGGAGCUCUUCGUCUCUCCAUCCGCCCAGCAAUAAGCCUGAACUGCUAUCUCACCCACCGGAUCCAUUUCAAAUAUCUUGCUCUAUACAACUUCCCCCUCCCCCUCCUCCUCCCCCGCCCCCACCCCCUUCUCCUAUUACUCCAUUUUCCUCAGUGAUAAGCUCCUGUCCCACAUGUACUUCCAGCGUUUUGGACUCCUGCCCACCUCCACCUCCACCCCCUCUACCACCGCUGUCUUCAGGGCCGAAUUUCACGAUCCCGUUCAGUUUUCGACUUCCGGGUGGUGGAAUACCUUCGUUCCCCACACCACCCGUUGAUCUUUGUCUUCAGUUUCCACGUCCGCCCACCAGUCAAACGGAAUCCGUAAUCAUGCCCUCGAGUAGUUCGCGCUUUCCAGAGCCGCUGCAGUUACAACCGUCUUUAACGUCCGCAGUAUCGGUUGCUUCACCGGAGCAGAAAGCUGCAAACCAAACGGCACAACCCAUUGUUCCGAACUCUCUACUAGUUCGUCUGCUCAACACAGUUGGGGAAAAUAAAAGGCCUGAGACGAGUGAGUGGUCUCUGGUAGACCCCCUCUGUCAGCCAUCAGAAAACAACACGAAACUCACUGAAGACCCAUUUUCAGUUAUAUCCAGGUUGACGGGUCUGUCGAAUCUGAUCAAGAACCUUGAAGCUAGAUCGGAGAAACCCGAUCAUCCAGGUAGCACGACGAGCUCAGUUGAUAUGAUAACGAAAUCCUAUACCGUCACCCCGCCUUCCCAAGCACCGAUACCGUACAGCACCACUCCUGCCACCGAACCGUCGCCAUCAGCUAUAACUGUUGAACCUGAUGGGUGGAAGCGAGACCAUGCAACAAAAUUUGGGCCUUUAUACAUGGAUUCGACGAUUAGAGAUUCUGACAAUCGGACGACAGUUGCUUGUUACUCUGAGUACGAGCCGCAAACUAAAACUUCGAAAGUGGAUUCUCAGGAUCCGUUUGCUUUGGGAGAGGUUGAGGUUCUAGAAUCGCUCUCCCAGUCAGUCAAUGAUACAACAAGCUCGCCCGGUGGAGAAACUCCGACUCAGGAUGAGCAUCAAACGGAUCGGACAGAUUUGCACCUGUCACGCAUAUUCCCCCCUGCAGGCAUAUCGGGUCUUCUAAUUCCGAAGGAUGUCUCCCCUCCUGGAAGCUUCGAAUCUGCGUCUCUGCCCAGUCCAUUGAUACCUCUAAGCGACGCUGCAUCUCGGCACAUUGCUCCACAUACGGCUGGCGUACGAUCAUCAUUCAAUGCACAGGUGGUUUCCUGCACCACUGUGACCGACACUCGGUUCAGUCCUCGUAUGACCGCGCCACCGCAUCCUGACUGCAGUACCAUGCCACCCAGUUGGAUGCGUUCUCCUCUGCUUCCUACUUCAAACCCCACACCAAUUAUUCAGGUGUCUGGGGCAAUGCCUGCCUAUCCAUGCGGGACCCAGUUACCUGGCUUUCCGCCGCCUUUCCAUCCCAUUUCGUCGACCGCCCAGUGCCAACAAAUAUACAUGUUCCCGUCCAUGCCACAUCUUCCUGCAACUGGGCUCCCGAAUUCACUUCCGUCUUGGCAUCGCUUGCCUAACUUUCAGCCUUCCCCACCUCCUCUAAUGAACUCGAUGCCAUCCGGUCCGUCAAAUUUUAUCCCCUUCUUCAACCGAUGUGGUGCGCUUAGACCUCCGGGAACACAACCACCGAAUCGCUGAGGGUUGCACGCUCGCUCUUCUCUGCACUCCCUCUUUCCACAUUGGUACAACACAUGCCUACUCCUUUCAUAGUGUUUCCAUUUUGGUCGGAAAAGAGCAUUUUAAAGGCGACAUACUGUGUCUCCACUUUGACUCUAAUCCAUCAUGUAUAGUAUCGUACGAGCGUGUACACAUGUACUGAGUUAUAGCCAAGCAUUGUGCUCCAUUCCUCGCUCCGUUGAUCCGAUCGACUUAGAUGCAACAUUCGGAACUCCAGUUAUUCUUGUUAUUCCGUCCUUCUUGUCCUGUACAUCUAUGCACAACGCCAACGAAGGCCAUGUAUCACACAUUCUUACUUCUCUUUUCAAAUAUCUGCUUAGGUUGGAGAUGCCUUGCGAAUUUAUUCGUCCUCACAAUCUUAGUGGUGUCUUCAUCCGGUUGUUCAUAACACCGGUACGAUUUUGUGUGGGCGCAGACGCCCUAGUCCACACGCGACCAGUGGUGUUCGUGGAACAGCAAAGCAUCUGUACGCAGUAUUGGGGUGCUACUGAUGCAAUGCGACCUUCAAGAUUCGCUUGCGAGUGACAUGGUACUGGAUCCACUGGGAAGUCGAUUUUUAUACCUGUUCCCACUGUGUCUCCAAAUCAGCGAUGGUUGGAUGCCAUUAGUGCGUCAAGGCAGCGAUUGGAACGAACAACGGACUUUGUACUGAGUAGUCAGUUCUACAUACUGAGCACAAUAUAACCACCAUGCAAAUGAACACUCUUUUGCCUCAGAAUCAUAUGUUAGGGGCAACCUCGAACCGUAAGUGUCGUCAGAUAAUGACAUGAUGCUUUGUGAAGCCAAUCUCAC